AUGGCGUCUGUCGAAGAUGCCUCGAAGAAUACAAUCAAGCUCGAAAAUACCGAAAAGAGAGAUUCUCUCAUCGAAAUCGAGAAGCGCUACCAGAAGAAAUGGCAGGAGGCCAAGAUCUUUGAGAUUGAUGCUCCGACCCUCGCUGAAGACUCUACCACCGAUCCGGAUACCCUCCGUUCGAAACACCCUAAGUUCUUCGGAACUAUGGCUUACCCUUAUAUGAACGGUGUUCUCCACGCAGGACACUCUUUCACCCUGUCUAAGAUCGAGUUCAGUACAGGAUUCGCAAGGAUGGAAGGCAAACGAGCUUUGUUCCCUCUUGGAUUUCACUGCACCGGUAUGCCAAUCAAGGCGUCAGCAGAUAAGAUCGUCCGAGAAAUCGAGCGGUUCGGCGAGGAUUUUAGUGGUGCAGAUGCAGAAUUGGCUGAAGAUCAGACUGAGAAUGCACCUCCACCCCCACCUGCUGCUACCAAAGAGAAGGAAGACCCGACAAAGUUCGCUGCUAAGAAGGGAAAAGCUGCAGCCAAGAAAGUCAACUUGAAAUACCAAUUCCAGAUUAUGAAGGCGAUCGGUGUUCCUAAGGAGGAGAUUCCUAAGUUCGCAGACCCGUACUACUGGUUGACUUAUUUCCCACCACUUUGCCAAGAGCACUGCAACUCUUUUGGUGCAAGGAUCGACUGGAGACGAAGUUUCUUGACCACAGAUGCAAAUCCUUAUUACGAUGCUUUCGUAAGAUGGCAGAUGAACCGCUUGAAGGAGUUGAAGAAAGUCAAGUAUGGUGAGCGAUACACAAUUUACUCGCCAAAGGAUAAGCAGCCAUGUAUGGACCACGACAGGAGUGAAGGUGAAGCCUUGAACCCCCAGGAGUAUACUGGUGUCAAACUUGAGGUUUUGGAGUGGGGCAGCGAUGUCAAAGAGCUCAUCGCCUCAACGAAGGAGCUCGAGGGUGUGAAAGUGUAUAUGGUCGCUGCGACUCUGCGUCCGGAGACCAUGUACGGUCAAACAUGCUGCUUCGUUGGGCCUAAGGUUGACUACGGUAUUUUCAAGGUCAACGAUAAAGAAGCAUAUCUCUGCACACCCCGUGCCGCAAGGAAUAUGGCCUUCCAGCGUAUAUUCGAGGAAGAAGGCAAAUUCCCUCAACUUGCAAGCUUCCAAGGCAGUGUUUUGAUCGGAACCUUGGUAAACGCACCACUUUCGGUGCACAAAGACGGUGUCAGGAUUCUCCCUAUGGAAACUGUCCUGGCAACUAAGGGUACUGGUGUCGUUACUUGCGUGCCCUCUGACUCUCCGGACGAUUAUGCGACUAUCACCGAUCUCGCCAAGAAGCCUGAGUACUACAAAAUUCAGAAAGAAUGGGCGGAGUUUGAAAUCGUCCCAAUUAUCAAAACCCCAAGCUACGGUGAUAUGUCUGCCCCAUUCCUGAUCAAGGAGCUUAAGAUCGCUUCGCCAAAGGACAAGGAUGCCCUAGCUAAGGCAAAAGAACUCGCCUACAAAGAAGGAUUCUACCAGGGAAUCAUGUUGAUUGGCAACUAUAAGGACAUGGAGGUCCAAAAAGCCAAGCCAUUGGUUCGCGAGAAAUUGAUUGGCGAGGGUUUGGCCUUCGUCUACAACGAGCCCGAAGGGAAGGUUAUCUCCCGAUCUGGGGACGAGUGCGUCGUCGCUCUCUUGGAUCAAUGGUACCUCGACUACGGUGAAGAGCACUGGCGCAAGCAGGUUGAGGACCACCUCGAAAACACGGUCGAGACCUACCAACACGAAACCCUCAACGCCUUCAAGUCCGUUUUGGGAUGGUUGAAUCAAUGGGCUUGUGCCAGAAGUUUUGGAUUGGGUUCUCGUCUCCCAUGGGAUCCACAAUUCCUUGUUGAAUCUCUCAGUGACAGUACAAUCUACAUGGCCUAUUACACAAUCUGCCACUUCCUUCAUUCGUCCCUUGACGGAAAGAAGGCUGGUCUCUUGCCAAUUUCUGUUGAGCAAAUGACGGAUGAGGUCUGGGAUUACGUCUUCACCCGCCGCGAGCUCUCCGAUGAAGUUCUCGCUUCAGGUAUUUCGAAAGAAAAUUUGGAAACCAUGAGACGUGAAUUUGAAUACUUCUACCCACUCGACUUCCGAUGCUCUGGUAAAGAUUUGAUUCCAAACCACUUUACCUUCUUCCUGUACAUUCAUUGUGCUCUCUUCCCGCCUACAUACUGGCCUCGUGGUGUCCGUGCCAAUGGCCAUCUCUUGCUUAAUGGUAACAAGAUGUCGAAGUCGACUGGUAACUUCUUGACUCUAGAAGAAACCAUUGCCAAAUUUGGUGCCGAUGCCAGCAGAAUCGCGUUGGCAGAUGCUGGUGACAGCAUUGAAGAUGCCAAUUUUGAGGAGUCGACCGCUAAUGCUGCCAUUCUUCGAAGCCAUACUUUGAAGGAGUGGUGCGAGUCAGUUACUCUAGAAGCCAAGGAGGGUAAGCUGAGAGAUGGUCCAAAGGAUCAAUGGUGGGAUGCUGUCUUCGAAAAUGAGAUGAACGGUUUGAUCGAGCAGGCAAGGGCCGCUUAUUCUGCAACUCAUUUCAAGCAAGCCCUUAAGGCCGGAUACUAUGAAUUCCAAUCCGCAAGAGAUACAUACCGUGAAGGAUGUCUCCAAUCCAGCAUUGGAAUGCACAAAGAUCUCAUUCACCGCUGGAUCGAAGUUCAGGCCUUGAUGAUCAGCCCCGUCGCUCCUCACUGGGCAGACUAUAUCUGGCAAGAAGUUCUAGAACACCCAACAACUAUCCAGAAUGAAUUGUUCCCUACUCCAACAGCACCAUUCGAUAAAUCUCUUGGCGCUGCUCUCGAAUACGUCAGAGCUUUAAGCGGAAAGAUCACCUCUAUGGAGGCUGCCCAAUUGAAGAAGAUGAGCAAAGGAAAGAAGGGAUUCUUUGACCCGAAGAAGCCGAAGAAGGUUUCCAUCUUCGUGGCCAGGAAUUAUCCUGCAUGGCAAGAUCCUUAUGUUGAGUUGGUCCGAAAACACUUCGAUGCUGUCAAGAUUAGCAUCAACGAUAAGGCUCUCAACUCUGAGAUUCCAAAACAGGAGAUGAAGAAGGCCAUGCCUUUUAUCCAACUGUUGAAGCAAAAGCUCGUGGGCGCUAAAGAGGACCCCGAGACAGUUUUGGAUAGAAAAUUGAGGUUUGACGAAGUCAAGACUCUCAUGGCUGUUCUGACCGCCAUGAAGAAGACAACCGGAAGUGCGGUCAUGGAGGUUGUGGUUAUGGACGACAGUGGGAAGGCCGGAAGCGUGGUACAAGCAGACGGAGAGUUGAAGGCUUUGGAGGGUGCUCUACCGCCUGCAGCUGAGGCGGCUGUCCCCGGUGUGCCGACAUUCUCGUUUGAGAACGUUGAGGAGGAAGGUGCCGCUGGGCCAGCUUAG